AUUGGACCAAACAAUCCUCCAAUUUUCCGAAGAGUUCCCAUAGAAAAAUAUUUCAAGGAUUUUUUUGCAAGAAAACUUGAUGGAAAAUCGUAUAUUGAUUUCAUGAAGGAAGAGGCAAGGGAUGGCGAAUCGUAGUCCUGCUCUGUAGAUUUAUUUGCCGGAUAAAAGAAAUGGAGGCAGAGGAAUUAUUUGCUGCAAAUGGAUUUUGGAAGUUGGCAGGUACAUGUGAAAUAUUCAAAUGCCUAGUUGUGAAGAUGUCAACGAGAUCUCUAUAAGGUUGACAUCUACAACAAGUUCUCUUAAAGGAAACCAGAAAAAAAAAUCUCAUUUAUCGAUGGAAGAAGAAGGAACACUCGGUGACACUUUGAAAGUUCCUAGCGUCCGAGAGCUAGCAAAGCAAAAAUUAGCAGCUGUUCCGUCCCGAUAUAUUCGUGAUGAUAUAGAAAAGACAUCCUCUUCCAUAUUAUUGCCUCAAGUUCCAGUCAUUGACAUGGAAAAACUGCUGGAAAUUGGAGAUGAUAAUUCAGAGCUUGAGAGGCUUCAUUCUGCUUGCAAACAAUGGGGAUUUUUCCAGGUGGUGAAUCAUGGAGUGAGUUCAUCAUUGGUGGAGAAAGUGAAGUCAGAAAUCCGAGCGUUUUUCGAUCUACCAAUGGAAGAGAAGAAGAAGUUUGAGCAACAAGAAGGGGAUGUUGAAGGAUUUGGGCAAGCCUUUGUUUUUUCCGAAGAGCAAAAGUUAGACUGGGGUGACUUGUUUUACAUGACCACUCUCCCGACCAAUUUGAGAAAACCUCACUUAUUUCCCAAACUCCCUGUCUCACUUAGGGACAUCAUGGAAGAACACUGCAAAGAAUUCAAGAGCCUAGCAAUACGCAUCCUAAGUAAAUUGGCAAAGGCUUUAAGGAUGGAUGAAAAGGAAAUGAGAGAGCUAUCUAAUGAAGGUAUGCAGUUAAUAAGGAUGAAUUAUUAUCCUCCUUGCCCUGAGCCAGACAGGACAAUUGGCAUAAGUCCUCAUUCUGAUGCUGAUGCCCUCACCAUCCUUCUCCAGCUCAAUGAAACUGAAGGUCUCCAAGUUCGAAAAGACGGUAUCUGGGUGCCUGUAAAACCCCUCCCAAAUGCUUUCAUUGUGAACGUUGGCGAUAUGAUGGAGAUAUUGAGCAAUGGUGUUUAUAGGAGCAUUGAGCACAGAGCAGUAAACUCAAACACAGAGAGGCUAUCUCUUGCAACAUUCUAUAUCUUUAACCUCGACUCUGAAUUGGGACCUGCACACAGCCUCAUUGGACCAAAUAAUCUUCCAACUUUCCGAAGAGUUCGUGUGGGAAAAUAUUUGCAGGAUUUUUUUGCGCAAGAACUUGAUGGAAAAUCGUUCAUUGAUCGCAUGAAGGUAGAGACGAAGGCUGACGAAUCCUAGGUAGCAUUUGAUACUCUACUUGGGUAUUACCUGAUCUAUAUCCCGUGAAACUAAAUAGUUUUACAAGAUACUCUUGCUAUUGUAAUUUCAAGUUUCAAUGUUUGAUGACUGUAAUAAAGAAGAAAAAUAGGGCGUUCUGUGUUCUACUAUAUAUGAUGGUUUUAAGUUAUUAGCUUAUCUACAUCUUGUGAAAUAUUUCACGAGUUACUCUUGCUGUUGUAAUUUGGAGUGUCACUGUUUGAUGACUGUAAUACAGAACAAAAAUACGACCUUCUCUAUUCUAUUAUAGCUGAUGGUGUUUGAUUUGA